CUCUCCCACCUCUGGCCUGGAGAGGGCCUGGAGACACCAAAAGAACUGACCCAGCGACUGGUAACAGCGAUGGGGAUGCGAAUGGGGAGUUAUGGGGAGCGAUGGGGAGCACGGGUCAAGGCCGUUACAGCCCCAGAGUGAGAGCACGCUGCUCCAGCGCCCCCAACCGAGACAAACACAGAUGCCCUGCACGGCCCACGCAGCUGCCUGGAUAGGGUCCCGCGCCUCUCCAGCCUGGCGGUGGCCGCCCGGCCCCUCCCUCCGCGUUCGCCGGCGGCUGUCUGAAGGCGCCGCUGGGCCCCAAAAGAGUCGCCUGGGUCUGGGCAUGGAGGGCGCGGCGGGCGACCCGUACCGGCGACCCGCGCGGCGCACGCAGUGGCUGCUAAGCGCUUUGGCUCACCACUACGGGCUAGACCGCGGCGUGGAGAACGAGAUCGUGGUACUGGCUACCGGUCUGGACCAGUAUCUGCAGGAGGUCUUCCACCAUUUGGACUGCCGGGGCGCCGGGCGCCUACCGCGCGCCGACUUCCGCGCGCUGUGUGCUGUCCUGGGGCUGAACGCCGACGGGGAGGCCACCACCGAGGAUGAAAACUCCGCGGAGGCGGCCGCUAAGGACUCGGCUGCAGGGAUAGUUGCCGGUGGGGACGCGGACGUCAGGGAAGAGGCGCGCCUGGCUCUGGGCGCCGACCCUCCCGAACUCACUUUCCGCCAGUUCCACGCACGCCUCUGCGGCUACUUCAGUACCCGAGCGGGGCCCCGGCUGCCCCGCGGAGCUCUCAGCGAGCACAUCGAGACGCAGAUCCGCCUCCGCCGCCCGCGUCGCCGCCGCCGCCGGCCUGGCUCGCCGAGCCUGCAGGGCGGCGCCAGUGGAGACCUUGUGGCGCAUCUGGAGGAGGAAAACAGCAGCCUCCGCGAGCUGGUGGAGGACCUCCGCGCUGCGCUGCAGAGCAGUGACGCGCGUUGCCUGGCCCUGCAGGUCGGCCUCUGGAAGAGCCAGUCGGACAUCCCGGAAGCAGCGGCACACAAACUGCAGCGCGCGCAGGGAGCGCUGGCAGAAGCAGAGGCGCGCGCCCGGCGGCUGCAGCGCGGUCAGGUGGAGGUGCGGCUGCGGACCGAGGAGGCCCGCCAGGCGGUGCGGCGCAGCUUGCACCGAGUGCGGGAGCUGGAGGCGCUGGCGCGGCGCGUUCCCCGCAUGCAGCGCCAGGUGCAGCGGCUGGAGGCGGAGCUCAGACGUUACAGGUCGGAGGGACCUUGGCCCCUAAACCCCCCACAAGCCAGUGUACAUUCAGGAAACAAGAAUGGAGAACCCGAGACUAGAGGAACCAGAGAAGAAGACGCUGCUCCAGGAGGAGCCCAGCAGUCAGACUCCUGCUCAGGGAGCAGAGACACAGAUGAAGAGGAUGAGCAGCUGUUCCGCUCCGUGGAAGGCCAGACUGCCUCUGAGGACGAAGAAGAAAGUUGGCAGGAACAGCCCAGGACCCCACAGGCCCAUGCUGAGGUAUCUCUGGUGCAGCCCUCAGGCUGUGAGAGUAGGUAUGAUGAACAGACAGCUGAGAUGCUCAAGACUCCCUUUGGCCGCUGUGAUGGUGCUGACCACGUCCAUAACCUAGAGCUGGAGACCCAUGUCACCAGGCUCGGGGAACAACUGCAGACCCUCGGCUGCAGUGGAAAGACCCUGGGGACACCGGAGGAGGAGGCAGAACCACGGCAGACCAUGGAGACGACCGAGCAUCUGAGGCUGGAGCUGCAGAUGGUGGAAACAGAGCGGGUGCGCCUGUCGCUGCUCGAGGAGAAGCUGGUGGAUGUGCUACAGCUCCUGCAGAGGCUCCGGGACCUGAAUAUAUCAAAAAGAGCCCUGGGGAAGAUUUUGCUGAAUGCCCUGGACCGGAGCCCCUCACAGGAGGGUACACGUGGCACCUUGGCCAUCCUGGACACCUUGCACCAAGCCUUGGUUGGCUGUGAACUCCUGCAAAGAAACCCCUCAGCGCCAGCAUCCACAGCUCCUUCGCACACGAACCCCUUCCCCAUCUCCUGCUGAGUUCGCUGGCCCUGCCUUGGACCACCAUGUUCAUCCCAACCAUCAUCAGACCAGCCUUGACCACAACCAGACUUGCCUCCCUGGUCAACCUGACGACUAUGGGACUAGCUUUGGCGGUCACUGGACCAACCUUCACAGACAGACUGACUGUCAUCACUGUGGCCUCCUCAGUCAUCCCAAGCGCCAUCAGUGCAGCCUCCAUGGUCCGCCUGACCGCUGUUGGACUGUCUUCUACUGUCUGAAUGCUUGCCACAAAUGGUCUGACUGUUGUCACUUCUUCAGAGCUCUGGCAGCCAAGGCUCCUUCCAAAACUGGGUCUGGCAGCUGCUCCUUCCUGGGGCCUCUCACAGUCUCACAGAACCCCCACACUGAAUCCCUGCAGGUGCUAGAUCAGCCUGUACGGCAGGGGAGUGAGCACAACAGCAAAGUCAAUGCUCCGCACCUCAGGAAGCUGUCAGAUGAAGAGCAGAUUGUAAGGCCAACUUGAUAACUGCAUCCCAAUUUGAGCUAUAGAAUCAAUUCAGAGUAUACAGAUGAAAAGAAUAAAGAUUAAAGCAGAAAUCAGACUCAAAAUAGCAUAUCAGAAAAGAAAAUCAACAACAUCAAAGCUGGUUCUUGGGAAAGAUUACAGAAGUGGUUAAUAAAAGCAUCUUGCAGGGGCUGGAGAGAUGGCUCAGUGGUUAGGAGCACUGGACGCUCUCUCAGAGGACCCAGGUUCAAUUCCCAGCACCCACACGGCAGUUCACAGUUGUCUGUAACUCCAAUUCCAGGGAAUC